AUGUUUAAGUCACUGAGAAUAAAAUUCAACAAGGUACAGCCCACCGAAGAGAACCAUGAGAAAGGGCACGGUUCUCAUCCGAGCCAUCARGCCCAGCCAUCCCCAGGACAGGAAGAAAACAAAAAUGAAGAAACGUCUCUGAAAACUAAGAGGACUCCAAUCACAUCUGAAGAGCCACACACCAAAACACAAGAUAAAGACUCGGAGAAAAAUUCCUCCAGAGAUUUGACCACAAAGCCUGACCCUCAAAGUUCAAUGGAACCAUCCAGAACAAAAUCAGAGCAGAAGGAAAUGGGGACUGAGAAUGAAGAAGCAAUCAGUCCAAAGAGCAAACCACCUGGAGCCCCUGUCAUAAAUGAAUAUGCUGAUGCUCAGCUACACAACCUGGUGCAAAGGAUGCGUCAAAGAACAGCCCUAUACAAGAAAAAGAUGAUAGAUGGAGAAUUGUCCUCACCUGAAGCCAGCCCACAAAAGGCAAAGCCCACAGCUGUAGCACCAACACAAGAAAGUGAUUCUAAGCUAAAAAAAGAAGAUUACCAAGGCAUGUUGUGUUGGAAAUUCCAGAAGGCUCCUCUGAGAGAGUACCUGAAAAAAAUUAGACUUCCAGGAAGCAUAGAUUCACACACAGAUCGACUCUAUCUUCUGUGGCUCUUACUUGUCACCAUUGCUUAUAACUGGAACUGCUGGUUUAUCCCCCUGCGUCUCUUCUUUCCAUAUCAAACACCAGACAAUACACUCUACUGGCUUAUUGUGGACAUCAUAUGUGACAUCAUCUACGUUUCCGAUAUGCUGUUUAUCCAGCCCAGAAUCCAGUUUGUAAAAGGAGGAGACAUAAUAGUGGAACCAAAUGAGCUAAAGAAACACUACAAGAGUUCUAUAAAAUAUCAGUUGGAUGUUGCAUCAGUAAUCCCAUUUGAUGUUCUCUACUUCUUCUUUGGGUUUAAUCCAGUAUUUAGAACAAAUAGGGUAUUAAAGUACACUUCAUUUUUUGAGUUUAAUCAUCACCUAGAGUCUAUAAUGGAGAAAGCAUAUAUCUACAGAGUCAUUCGAACAACUGGGUACUUGUUAUUCAUUCUGCACAUUAAUGCCUGUAUUUAUUACUGGGCUUCAAGCUAUGAAGGAAUUGGCACAACGAGAUGGGUAUAUAAUGGUGAAGGAAACAAAUAUCUGAGAUGUUAUUAUUGGGCAGUUCGAACUUUAAUUACCAUUGGAGGCCUCCCAGAGCCACAAACUACAUUUGAAAUUAUUUUCCAACUUUUGAAUUUUUUUUCUGGAGUGUUUGUGUUCUCCAGCUUAAUUGGUCAGAAUUGUGACAACCAGAUGAUUUAUGACAUGUUGCUAAGAUUGAAAUCCACUAUCUAUUUACCUGGUGACUUUGUCUGCAAAAAGGGAGAAAUUGGUAAAGAAAUGUAUAUCAUUAAGCAUGGAGAAGUCCAAGUCCUUGGAGGCCCUGAUGGUACUAAAGUUCUGGUUACCCUGAAAGCUGGAGCAGUGUUUGGAGAAAUAAGCCUUCUGGCAUCAGGAGGAGGAAACCGUCGAACUGCCAAUGUGGUGGCCCAUGGGUUUGCCAAUCUUCUAACUCUGGACAAAAAGACCCUCCAAGAAAUUCUAGUACAUUAUCCAGAUUCUGAAAAGCUCCUCAUGAAGAAAGCUAGAGUGCUUCUAAAGCAGAAGGGUGGUAACAAAGAAGCAACCCCUCCAAGAAAAGGCCUUGCCCUUCUCUUUCAACCAAAAGAAAAGACACCGAAAAUGUUUAGAGCUCUCCUGGGAGGGACAGGAGAUAUUGGAAGACUGCUCAAACUGAAGAGAGAACAAGAAGCUCAGGUAACAAGGCAGAACCAAUUGAGGGAAGUAAUGGACAGAGAAAAAUGUGAAUCCCCCAAAGAAGAAGAGGAUAAAGGAAAAGAAAAUGAAGAUAAAGGAAAAGAAAAUGAAGAUAAAGGAAGGGAGCCAGCUGAAAAAACACCGGACAAAUCCAAAUGUAAAGAAAGUUCUAUUGCAGCAGAGGAAAUGCCCCCCUCAGUUGAAAGGGCAGUUUUACCCAGAGGAACUUCUAAUCAAUCACUCAUCAUCAGCAUGGCUCCUUCUGCCGAGGCCGGGGAGGAGGUCCUGACUAUUGAAGUCAAAGAAAAGGCUGAGCAAUAG